AUGGAUCCCCUAUCGGCGGUAGGCGCUGUAGCGAGCGUUGUCCAGCUGGCUGGCGCAGCCUUAUCUCUCUCCCAGACGCUCUACUCUCUCGGGACAGCAGUUGCGUCUGCAGGUGAAGAUGUUCAAGCACUUGCCGAUGAUUUGAAAACAUUUUCACAGUCCCUUACCUUACUUUCACGGUUGCUCGAGGAUAGCAAAUGCUGGUACUCGGACGAUAUAUAUCUGUUGACGGCGAAGAUCAUAAAAGAUUGCUCAGAGCUAUAUGUCAAAAUCGACAAAGUCCUCGUGAAAUUGGGUGGCCAUGGAAAAAGUACCUGGAAAUUACGAGUAAAAUUCGUUUACAAGGAGGGCCAAAUUCGAAAGCUGUUGUCGAGGCUGAGGGAUAUGAAAGGGACGUUGGCGACCAUUUUGAUGAGUUUGCAAGUCGAUUUACAGCUCUCGUUAUUGAACAUUUCCAGCUCAAGCAAGAUCCAGAGAGUUCAUGAGCAGCCAUUACUGCCCGAGACAAUCGAGACUCUCAAAGAUGCCCAAAAAGCCGUCGAAUCGAAUGUGAUUGUAUCAAGAUAUGCGAUCCCUGAAAAACUCAGUCAUUAUUCCGAAAAGGGUUCUCAGGUGUUUACAACUCAAUACGAUGUAGCCACCACCCAUGUUUCAGCCCAAUCAAACUUUAUUGUUCUUCCAUCAAUAUCAGCAUAUAUUACGAAACGUAACCGGACUGAACCUACCAAGGAAGUUUCCAGUUGGGCUCCUAAUUCUACCACAAAUGCCGCCAGCCAACCAGCAGCUAGCCAAUCCAUAUCUCAGAUUAGCAGCUUAGGAAUGAAACCCCCGAUGGCCAAGGGACAGUGUGCUUUACCUACCACCGUCUCAAAGCGCACUUCAUAUAGGAGCUUAAAGUCUUCGUCAUCCGUGGAGAGUUUCCAGAGCGCCCUGUCGUCUCAGGGGACAAGUACGGAUAUAAUCGACGAUGUCGUCGCCGUCCAAGGGGUACUGCAUUCCUUUAGGACCGCCCUAGAGACGCUCAACAGUUUUACACAGAAACGCAUCCCGAAAAAAGAUAAUGGCUUGUAUCCCGUCGUGAAAGAUAUCGAACGCUCAUUAGUGGAUGGUGAGAAAGGAGUUAGCGAUACUCACAAAUCCCAUUAUAAAAAACAUGGGCUGCUCUAUAUCCAGUCUUUCAAAGACACUGAUGAAUAUACGCUCCAGAACGUCAGCACAGUCCUUCUUGAGGAAGUAGUCCUUGUUUUACACAAGCAUUCGGCUGAGCACGUGGUACUUCAAAAGUCUGAAUUUGUUACCCUUUAUCACAGAUCAGAGAUAUGUCGGGUUCGAGCCAUUUCACAGCUCAACCAAAUAUCAUCCUCCCUUGGGGGCUUCCGGAAUUCUGGCCUUAUCAACUGCGUAUCCAGCAAGACAAGUUCUCAGCAAAGCCAAUACGAAUUACCGCCGAUGGUACGGAAUUCCCAACCUGGACUCCGUUCUCGUCCAAAAGGUAAAGGAUAUGAAAAACCUAAAGCUCUCGCGAGUCCCCCAUUAUUUUGGGGCAUACACAAUGACCCUCUUGGGACAGAUCAACCCCGGGCACAAAAAGAACCUAGUGCUUUAAUAUCGCCGUGGGCGUCUCAAAGGAUUCCAUACCCUUCUACAAGCAGCGAAGUAACCACAUCCACCGACUCUAUAUAUGAAUUUGCGACUCCUAGGCCUUUGACCCCCGUUACUACUGUUAGCGCAGUGAGCUGUAGCCAAGAUACGCAAAUUAAUUUUGACCGCCCAAGUUCCAGGUUUGACAGGAUGGGUGUAUCAACAGACUUCGAUUUUGAUGAGUUCUCACAACACGCCCGAGAUUCGAGUGCCUCUCCCAUCCUAGCUUGCCCUAUUAAUUCAGGUCAUGGCAAUUUAUUUGGGGGGUCGAUGGCCCACAAUGCAAAUCCACCUGACCCGAUACCAUUUGAUUUUGACAGCUUCCUCCCCGGAGAUUCGGGUACCUCACUCACCCAACCCCCCUCUAUUGGCUCAGGUCCUAGCAAUUUGUUUGGAGGCGUGAUAGCCCAGGAUACAAAUAUAUACAACCAGAUACCAUUUGGAGCACCGCUCCAACGCAUCCUCGACCACAAAGUUACUAGCGAUGAAGCUGCCAAUGUAGCUAAGGCGACGCGCUACACUUCAGAUACGUACCGAUACAGCCCUUGGAGCCCGCGGUAUAGCCCUUCGAGCAGCAACCCUCACCCUUUCCUAGAGCCGCGUGCGUCUGAUAUGCAGGCAUCUGGAAGGUUAUGGCCUACAGGAUACACUCCCAAACGGGUUGAAAAUUGCGUCCCUGGAGUUCCUCCUCAACAGAUAACUGCUCCAAGGGUAGUCAAGUCCAGCAUAUCUUCUGAAUAUCAAGAACGGCUGAGCUCAUCAUCUAAACGCAAAACACCGACACCCGAGGAUAUGAAUUAUGGCUUUCAGGCAUCCAGAAUUGUUGAGGUUGAUGACGUUGUACAGCCUUCCGCCGGAUGCUGGAAAUCGAAGGAUGAGCAACUACCAAGCAAGAACCUCAGUAGAAGGCUAGAAAUCGAAGCCAAGAGGAGGAAACUGAAGCAACUUAAGGAUCAGCGAACUCAACGCCAGAAUUCUAGUCAGCCUCUCGAACGAGACAGCUUAACAUCUCUCCGCGGAGAUGUUCUUACAGAGAAGCGGAACCCCCCAAAACCAACUGAACCAAACAGUUAUUCACGUGCAAAAUAUAAUACUAGAAAACGCAAAGGGAAUGGAGAUUCGCAGACGGUAUCUAACUCUCGAUCGUCUACGCAUUCCUUACCACAUGCCGCCGGCAUGGGAUUAGAAAGUAGCGUGGAAGAGGAGGAAGAGGUGGAAGAGGCGGAAGAGGAGGAAGAGGUGGAAGAGGAGGAAGAGGAGGAAGAGGACGCUGUUGACCUUUUUUUCUCUUACCCGAAUCAACCUGAUGUUGACGAACCGUUACCUCCUAAGGAGGAUGUGGAGAUGGUAAUAUGUUCUGUGGAUACUGUUGGUCCCGACGAUUCCAGCGAUCUUUCGCCAUCCCAGCGUCAAGGAUUGUGGUGGCAAGGCUACUUGGUACUCAGUUCAGACCACCCGUCUCUAUUUUUGAUGCUGGAAGAGUUGCUUUCCCGCGAAUUCGGAUCCAUGAACCUGAAGCACCAUUCUGAUCGGGCCAUUUGUACAAACAUCUCAACCCUUGUCAAACGUGCCUGUUCAGCAAAUCUGGAAUAUCACACGGCACUUGCUGCUUUGAUAGAAAGCCGCGCAAAUAUAAUACGCAUAAUUACGACGAUCGACGAUAGUCUCGGGUUGGAGAUUGCAACCCUUGGAUGGACGUUCUUAUCUUUACUUCUCACUAUAUUCGACCCACUACUUACCGCCAAUCCCCCAACAUCGCUCUCCGCCGACUCGGUUUCAUCACUAACCACUGCUUUCCAACAGCUCCAAGAAAUAGGGGGUAUAGUUGCACGUUAUGCUGUAAUGGAGAAUCUUUAUAACCAAAAAGGUGCCUCACUUACACUGCGACCGGAAUACCAGGCUUCGUUACUAGACCUCUGUGUCACCAUACUUCAGUAUUUCUCGCACGCGUUUGUGUUCGCUAAGGUGUUUGGUGAUACGGCGGGGGAAUCACAACCGUUGGUACAAGCUAGCGUGAGGAGACGCGAUGAACUGGUGGAGGAAAUCAAGGAAAAAGAUAAGGCGUGCCAGGGGUUCCGGGUAUUGGUCGAGGCAGGCGAAUACAGUGACAGUGACAGUGAAGAGCUAGACGAUGAUGUUAGUGAUGAGAGUGGGAAUGUGGCUAGCAGCGGUUUGAAGGUUUGA